AUGCGGGCAUAUAACCCGCGAGCUACUUAUGAACAAGCACAAUUGAUCUCACAGCUUUUUGAGGAAGGUAAGAAGAAACCUAACAAGAGUGCUAACAAGAAGGCGAAAAUAGUAGAUACCACCGAUGAAAGCCAGCAUUAUAAUAUUGUCGAUCUCCCUGACGAUGUCCUUCUGAAGAUAUUCAAAUAUGUAUCCUACAUAUCUACUCCUGAUCCCAGUGAUCCGCGUUUAAGGAAGUCUGUCUUUGGUGGUUUAAAUAGGCUUGCCAUAAGAGCAUUGUACCGGCUGCGCCCUGUAUGCAAAAGAUUCUGCGACAUUUUUUAUAAAUAUCACUCUAGCCUUCCCAAACCCCCUAUUGGUUUAAGGCUGCAGGCAGCUGUCAAUCGCGAUCGUACUUAUGGUGGGGCUGUCGUUGCUUAUAUUUAUGGCGAUUGCGGAGUACGGUACUUUUCCAAGUUUGUUUAUGUACAAGAUGUUCCUGCUGCAAUAUUUCCUGGACAAAUUUGUACAUUUCUCAUUAUCAAGAGUCUCGUCAUGACAGAGGAUUUGAUGGAUAUGCUCCUAAGACUAGACCUCUCUAAGGUCGAGGAACUAUUUUGGUAUGAUAUUCGUGGUUCGCGCGUGAAAAAUCUUGUCGAAAGAAUGCAAACACUUCUGCGUAAAAUGACAUCGCUGGUUAGCGCAGAAUUCUAUGCCACAGAUGACUUUUUCGAUCCGACGACAAUGUUCCCUAACACAAACCGUUAUUGGACAGAACUUGGAUUGGAAAAGUGA